AAAUGUUUGAAACCGGAAGUCGACAUCUGAAGGGUAAACAGAAAGUAGAAGUGCACCAUACCGGCAUACGAUGUUCGAUAAGUAGAUACAGAUAUAGUAGAUUUGAGAAUAUAAAGUUGAAGCUGUGCAUGGGAUCUUGGUGUUAUGGAUUUCCUUGUGCUAAUGACUAUUUAUGUGACGGUAUUUGGUGUAUGUGUACUCCUGUAUGUCUAUGGAGAUUCCCCAGCAUUGGCUAAUGGCGCGAUUGGGAGACUACGCCAUGUUUUAAUGGAGAUCGUGACGUUUGUCAUACCACAGAGGUUUACAGAUGCUGCUCAUGAAAAGCUAUACAAUGUUCUACAUACCAGGAACCAGGUCCUACAGUUUGUUUUUGCUGCCAUUGUGUUGCUGGGCCAUGCAGUGUGGGUGAAGGAUAUGCUGCCCAUCCUUUACAUGUCUGACCCCAAUGCGAACCACACUCUCAUGCCGAUGGUGGUCGUUUUCACAAAUCUGUUCUUCUUCCAUAAGAGUUGUUCCUCAGAUCCUGGGGAGAUCAACCCAGCAAAACAGGAACUAUAUUCACAGGUGUACAAAUUUGACAUGAGACUAUAUUUACCAAAUAGGAUCUGCUCAACUUGUGACCUUCCCAAACCAGCAAGGUCAAAGCAUUGUAAUAUAUGUAACCGAUGUGUACAUCGAUUUGAUCACCAUUGUGUGUGGACCAACAACGAUGUAGGAGGCCUGAACCAUCGCUACUUCCUGUUGUUCCUACUGACUUUGGUUGGCAUGGCGAUAGAAGGUGUGGUUGUGGGAGGGUGGAGCUUGUGGCUAUACACACGUAAUUCAAGACUCCUAGAGGCCCGUGUCCUGAUGGAUGAUGGAGAAACAAUGCCUGUUAAUGUAUUUGUUGUUUUUCAGCACCUGUUCCUACAGUACCCUCGAUUGGUGUUCCUGGUUGUUGCCUUGGUAGUACUCAUUCCUAUGAUUGGAUCCUUUGCUAUAUAUCAUACAUUCCUUGUAUUAACAAAUCAAACAACGAAUGAAAGGUACAAAACUCCUGCAGCAGAAAACUUACAGGAUGAGAAAAGCAUCUCUAAACGGACUAACAAGAGCUCUUCACAAAAGCUGAACAGAAAAAGUAAUAAAACUCCGGCCAUUGAUCAGGUACAUGGAAGUCACCGACCAUACCACAGAGGCAUUCUUAAGAAUGUUCAGGAAGUGUUCUUUUUAGAUAAUUUGAAAAGAUCUAAACAAAGGUGAUAACAUGAAUUCUGUUUGAAAUCAUGUCUUCACACUGAUGUUAGUGGUGUAGCACCACAUCGACAUAUGCAUGGUGGUGUUAGGGUAUUGGGUGUACAUGAUGUUGUUGUUGAUCAAAUUACACAUAAAUAAUGAUGAUGUAUGUUUUUUUUGCUAUGAUAAAAAUAAACAACCUUUAAUGAACCUUCUAAAAAGAUUAUUAGAGGUAAAAGAGUCUGGAAAGGAUUUUUAUUUUUUUCUUCAGCAAAUCUUUUUAAAAAGGUUUUGACAGCUAUGCAGACUAAAUAUUGAACUGUUUUUCAAACCAGUCAUUCAAACCAGUCAAUGAAACAAUUUCUACACAAAAUUAAUUUUGUUUAGACAGGAAAGAAAGAUAUAGUAGCCUCCCUGAGACGCUGUCCUUAUUUUGUUUGGUUAUUGUUUCUUAAUGAGCUGUAAGCAUAUUGCCAUUUGUUAUGGAAAUGUGGAAUUGAAUUGAUAAAAUAUGACAUGGGCGUUAUACAAAUGAGUAACCUCCCACCUCCACGCUGUAUCUGAUUUAUAUUGGUGUAUACAAAAUAAUACCUCAUAUGUCUGUCCAAGGACAAAUAUAAAUAACUACUUAUUGAUUGUCCAAAACAAAUCACACCAUCUCAUUAAAUUGUGUAAAAGAAGAAUAAACUUACUGUAUUUGUAGUUUUGUAUUUUUUAAUAUGUUAAAAGCACCUUCACAUCUCACAAAAUGUUUACAUGAAAAGUACCAUCAGAAGGAAGUGUGCAUCUGAUGGUGAUACUUGUUUGUACAUGACUGUGGGUGGGUUUCUGUGUCUGAUUGUUAAAUAAGUUUGUGUCUGUAAGUUAGGGUUGUGUGUUUGUAUCUACAUAAUGUAAUUGUUAGAAUUAUUUGUGUGUAAAAGUUUGUUUGUGUCUGACUGCAAGACAUUUUCAGGAAUGCAUGCAAGACCUAUUUGUAUCUGGUUAUAAAACUUGUACAUGCCUGAUGGUAUGACUAAUUUGUGCCUUAUUUUACUACUUGUUCGUGUGACAUUCAAAGACAUGUGUAUGUAUAGAUAUUCUUGCAAAUGAAAAAAAUUAUUAUCACAAUUCAAAUUGUACAUUUCCAAAAGAUGCCUUACUUACCUAGCUGUAAAACUAGUGUUGCAGUGUAUGUGUGUGUGUGACUGAUAAGGAUCGCAAGCAUUCCAGUAGAGUUCUACAACAACAUGAUUGUCUGAAUGUAUUCAUUGUUAUCAUGAUAAAAAAGACAGUUUUUG